UAUCACUACUAAAAAGGUAAAUUUAGUUUUUCAUUUUGCCUUAUUUGGUCCUUUCAUCCAUCAAAACAAACACACAAAGGGCCACUUUUUCACUAUUUACAAUAUCCUAUUUUCUUGCCUCCUUUCUUCCUCUUCAACUGUUGUCUUCCCGCAGCUGCACCCCCCGCCCGCCCCACGGCCUCUUUUCUCUUUUGGUUCCUUCUCUCGAUCUUCUUUCUCUGUUCCCGUCGCCGAUUUCCGAUUUCCGAUCGCCGCUCCAACGCUAAUUUUCUCUCUCCUCUUCUUAUCUCACUCUCGCCUGCAACCUAAUGCCGGCACGCUAACCCCGGAUUCACACCAUACAAUUAGUUAAGCAAACUGCAAAAGUAAUGGGAGAAACUAGCGGUUAGAUUUUCUUUCACAGGCUCAUUGUUGUAAAUGGAGUAAUUUGAUUCCACCCCAAGGAUUUUUGGCUGUAUGAAUUAGCGAUGUCGGUAAAUAACAACGGUGUUAAUAGCAACAGUGCGGUGAGGAAUGUUGGGGCAACUAUUUCGGUGAAUAAUAACACUAGUAGUAACAAUCUAGGGAGGAAUGUUGUGGCCCCGCAUUUUGGGAAUUCAGGCAUGGUUCCGCAAACAAGACCACUGAACCAUCAUGGCCAUCUACUCUCUCAGCCACAGCCUCAAAUACAUAGCGGAUCACAUUUUUCAGGUCAUUUUCAGCUGUCUGAGCCGCAGACACGCACAAUGUCUCAUGUGUACACGCAGGCUCAUGCUCAGGCACAAGCUCAAUCUGCUCAUGCACAUUUCCAAGCUCAUACUCAACCUGUUCAGCUGCAUAGUGUCAAUGCUGGGUCAACACCCUCUAUGUCAACACCUGGAACGGGGAACUCUAAGAGGCCCACUCAGAAGCCGCCUUCUAGGUCUGCAGGGAAUUCUUACACUAUUGCUACUUCACCAUUUAAAACCAUGGAGCUGACUCCAGCCCCUAGAAGAAAGAAGGUCAAGCUUCCUGAGAAACAACUACCUGAUAAAGUUGCUGCUCUUCUGCCAGAAUCUGCUAUCUAUACCCAAUUACUCGAAGUUGAGGGUCGUAUAGAUGCUGCUCUAGCAAGAAAGAAAAAUGAUAUUCAAGAGUCUUUGAAGAACCCUCCACGUAUUCAAAAAACCCUACGGAUCUAUGUCUUCAAUACAUUUGAAAAUCAGAAUCAAAGUGGUUCUGAUCAGAAAAACGUAGAAUCCCCUUCAUGGUCGCUUAAGAUAAUUGGGAGGAUCUUGGAAGAUGGAAAAGAUCCUGUUAUCGCUGGAGCCAUGCAAAAUUAUGAUUCUACAUACCCAAAAUUUUCAUCUUUCUUCAAGAAAAUUACUAUAUACUUAGAUCAAAGCCUUUAUCCAGAUAACCAUACAAUUUUAUGGGAGGGUGCCCGUUCUCCUGCUUUGCAAGAGGGCUUUGAAGUGAAGAGAAAAGGAGAUAAAGAAUUUACUGCAGUGAUAAGAUUGGACAUGAAUCAUACCCCCGAAAAGUUUCGUCUUUCGCCUUCUCUGUCAGAUGUGCUUGGAAUUGAAACAGACACCCGCUCAAGAAUUAUGGCUGCACUAUGGCAUUACGUGAAAGCUAACAAGUUGCAGAAUUCAAGUGAUCCUUCUUUCUUUACAUGUGAUCCAGGUCUUAGAAAAGUGUUCGGUGAAGAGAAGGUGAAAUUUUCUAUGGUCACUCAGAAGAUAUCACAACAUUUAAUUCCUCCCCAACCUAUAAACUUACAACAUAGAGUUAAGAUUUCGGGAAAUUCACCUGUUGGAACUACAUGUUAUGAUGUCAUGGUCGACGUGCCUUUUCCAACAGAAAAACAAAUGUCAGCAUUCUUAGAAAACUUUGAGAAGCAUAAAGAUAUAGAUUCCUGUGAUGAAUUAAUUUCUGCUGCAGUAAAGAAGAUACAUGAGCACUCUCGAAGGCGAUCUUUCUUUCUUGGCUUCAGUCAGUCUCCAGCAGAUUUUAUCAAUAACUUGAUCUCUUCUCAAACUAAGGAUUUAAAGAUCGUUGCUGGAGAUGCUAGUCAUCAUGCAGAGAAAGAACGUCACUCUAAUUUCUACAGUCAAUCAUGGUACUUUCUUCAGCGUAUAGUGGCCGAGUGGGUUUUUAGCACAAGUGAUUUAGAGCAUGGGCAUGUUUUGAAAUGGUUACAAUCACAUUUUUCAUAUUCAUAGUUAACUCUGAAUCACAUUUUUCACCCUUUAAAAUCAAUUUUGAUCCUUGAAAGUCAUUUAAAAAUGUUAAAUCAAACAUUUAAUUGAUUUUUGAUAAUUAAAGGCAUUUUCCAAAGAUAAAAAAAAAGAGAUGUACCCCAUGAUUUUGAACAUAAGAAAAGUUAUUUUAAUUAUUUCAAAAUCAUUCUCAGGUAUCCCUCGAUUAUAAGUGUUUUCCAAUAAAUUAUUUUAAUAUCUGGGUUUCACCGUAGCAAAAUAUUUUAUUGUUAUUUAAAAAGUGAUUUCAUAAUCAUCGAAUUACUGAAAAGUCAACUAUGAAAUAAUAGUUGCUUUUUUAAUUGUAACUUUGUUAAUCACAUUAAUGGGAUUAUGGGUUUUCUAAGCUCGCUUCUUUGCCAAACAUUACUAUUUCAAAAUGAUAGUGAUUUUGGCAGUGAUGAAAGCAAUUUUGGCUUCUUUGUCAAGAUCACUUGCAACCAUGAGUAGCUUUCUAAUUACAGGCUAUGGCAACAAUUCCCAUAUGAUGGAUGCAAUUUGUGCCCUGUGCGCUAUUCUAUAAUUUUAUUUUUGGAAUAUGGGCUAGGGUGACCCACUCCUUUGGAUGUCAUUUGUGUUUUGCUCUUCGUUUUGGUGGAGGUGGGGGAGGAAGAACCAUUGGAUUACAGCAUGGUGGAGUGAUAGACACGGAUAUCUAACAUGAAAAUUGUUUCUAAAAUGAUUGUUCGAUUAGUUUAUGUGAUUGUAUUUGUAUUGAAUCAGGGUGGAGGAUGCUGUCAUUCGGUAUCUGAACCGUAAACCUGCAACAAGUGAAGUUCCUAGAGGCGCAUAAGGAGGAUACCACGCAACAUCAAUAUCGAAAUUGGUGACAUUUGUCUGAUAUUCAUCACAUUUAUCACUCUUUCCUAAUAGGGGAUAAGUAUCUGGGAAGUUAUAGGAAUUCUGUAUUUUAACCCUUGCCUUGUUUGACUGGGUAAUUAUCUAACCGGGGAUAGUCAUCUUAAUUGGACUAAUCUAAGAUAUUUCCAUUCUGUACCAUUUUUCAGCUAGAUGUUAGAAUCAUAGUUGGUUUUGCUUGUCUGUUGUCGAAAAUUCCUUUUCAUACAAAUUACAUUCCAACUCAGGCAACUAUCUACCAUUUUUGUUUCUUAGUAGCCUCUCGUAGAGCUAUCAAAUCUGAUUUGUGAUGUAGUUUUAGAGCCUGUUGGUGGUGAAGCCUUUUCAUUCUCUGAAGUCCGCUAAUGGCUAAUAACCAGGAUAGACGGCUCAACGAUUAGCUCAGACGACUCGUACUUGAAACCAACAUAACCCUUACCCGGGGCUAUAAAAGAGAAGGUACCACACUCCUCUUAGCUUGUUCUCAUAAAACUGACCCAAACUUUGUGGAACAGCAUACUGCCAUUAAACUCAUUGCUUUGGUGCUUUGCUACGCACAUAAAACAUGCUCCCAAUUUGUCCUUGAUACAGAUUCUUAUGGUGUACAUAACAUUUAUGAAUGUUCCGGAUUUGUUUCAAUAGAAAUAAGAGCUGUUUGAGGUUUUCAUUUGAAA